AUGGAAGGCGUCCUAUUGAGCGUUGAUGCACCCAUAGGAGGUGGCGUUGGCAUCUACUUCAUCAAUCAUGUCGGCGAGAACAAGUACUCUGCCAAUGUCAUGAUCUACCGAAGACCGAAUGUCUUUGGACAAGACGAAAUCGAUGAGAUGGCAGAGACGAAUGGGGAGACUGAGAAGAAUGGUACGUCCAACAGCACCAAUGAUCACGCCAAGUCAGAUGUCCGUGCUGCGCAAGGUAUCUGGCUAGCGAGAGUACGGCCGGAAGAUUGUGAGAACCUGAUCAAGUAUACCGUACUCAAGGGCAAGCAGAUCAAGCCGGAGAGCCAACUACGAGGUGGUUUUGACAGAAUGGAGGGAUUAACAGCUGGUCAUGAGCGAACCAUGACUGGAUGA